CUAAUGUACAGUCGAGGGUACGUGAGAAUUCUACAAGAAUUGCAUACCACAAUGAGACCCGCAGAUCAGUAUUCUACAGCAAGUGGUCCUAUGCCGGCUGUGAUUUUGACGUAUAUGAGGAGCGGAUCUUCAUUUUUUGGAGAAAUGCUUCAAGCUAGCGAGGACGUUUUCUAUCUGUUUGAACCACUCCGGACUAUACAGUUUCAUAUACGGAAGAGCAACACAUUUCGUUAUCUAGAUGGCGGGAGCAGAAACUACACAAACUUUCUAGAUUUAGCGGGCGAUGCUUUGAACGAAAUCUUCCAAUGUAAUUUUGAAAACCUUCCUCUCCCUUUUUUCUCUGAUGGAUUCUUAAACAAGGGAAGGAAAUCAAGGGAAUUUAAAGUUUGUUUGAAAUAUAAAUCCGCCAUUAACAUCAGUGCAACUACAGCAACAUAUCAGUGUAUAAUGAUGAUGAAACGUCUCUGUCUGGAAUCGAAGUAUAUCAUUCUAAAAACUAUUCGUAUACCCUUGACAGUCUUAGUUCCCCUCUCAGAAACCUUUCCAAAUCUCAAGAUCCUGCAUUUAUUAAGAGACCCACGUCCAACUUUACGAUCUCAGUCUCGCUUUGGUAUAGUGAAAAGUAGGUUUUUGCAAGAAAAUGCCACUAGUUUUUGCAAUAGAGUAUACACUGAUAUAAUAAUAGCAAAACAUACGCCAACUAUUGCACCACAUCACUAUUUCCCAGUUUCCUACGAAAAUUUAGCAAAGUAUCCAUUCCAGAUGGCAAGAAAUGUUUACAGAUAUCUGGACAUAAAUUUAAAUAAUAAAGUUACAUCUUAUAUCGAAAACAUGACUAUGGCGGACAAGACUUGUAGUGAGUCAAAAAUUGCUAAAACAAUGUGUACAAAGUCGUCCAAUUCCAGUGCGGACGCUGACAGAUGGCGGCAAAAGAUACCGUUCGGUUUCGUGUCUAUAGUGGACAAUGCCUGUUCCCUGUUAUACAGGGUCAUUGGAUUACGUAGUAUACCUAGUGAGUUUCAUUUAAGGAAUCUGUCCUACUCCCUGAGAGGAAAUACCAUAGCUGACACAGGGGAUUUCAGAUAUACAUAAUAAUAUUAUUGUUUAUAUUCAGAAAUACAUUGGAAAAUUUCAAAUAGUGAAAUCGUCAGCCAUGAUAUUUUCCAGAAAUUUUGGCCCAGAAUAUGCUUCUUGAA